GCCGAAAUUUGCCUUUCUGGCUUCUAAACAAGGGCAAACGGACGGGAACAAUGGUAGGAAUAUAUCCCUCUAAAACAGUUAAUGGCUCAAUUCAACCAAACAUCUCAGAUCCUCCAAAACUGGCAAAGAAAUCGUUCUUCAGAAAGUAUUUCAUGGCUGGUCAACAAAUGUCCGAUCCAACAGACCAGCAUGUUCCUGAUGAUGCCGAUUUCGUCGAAAGAUUUUUGAUUACAAAGAGGAAAUACAUCGCAUUUUGUCUACCUGUGAUACUUGUACAUAUAUUUUGGUGGCUGACAGCUUAUCGCUAUAACUGGCUUCCGCUCUUUGCAUAUCGGUGGCAGAUGCCAGCGGUCAUGGUCAUUGGAUCCACAGUUGCCGGUAUGACCUCGGAAGGAGGUGGAGCUGUGGCAUUUCCCGUGAUGACGUUACUCCUGCAUAUUGACCCUAUAUCAGCUCGAGACUUUUCGUUAAUGAUCCAAAGUUUUGGUAUGGGUUGCGCUCUCUUCGUUGUGCUUUUCAUGAGAGUAAAAAUUGAAGAGCGUGGUUUAUUAUUUGGGUGCAUGGGAUCUAUCCCAGGAAUGUGUCUUGGAUUUGCAUUCGUAGACGACAUGUUUGACGCGGCUCAAAAGAAAAUGCUUUUUGUCUCAAUAUGGGCAUCAUUUGCUGCUGCAUUGUUUCUCCUGAAUUCCCAUAAGAAGAGGGUAACUUAUGCUAGUAUUCCCGAUUUCAAACCAUGGAAAGCUGCAGUGCUGGUUUUAACUGGAUUUGUUGGAGGCAUUUUCACCUCAUUUGCCGGUUCUGGAGCUGAUAUCUGUGUUUUCUCUGUUACUACGCUAUUGUUCAGAAUUUCUGAGAAGACAGCAACACCAACGACUGUUGUACUAAUGGGCAUAAAUUCAAUGGUUGGCUUUUACUGCCGCUUUAUCUGGUAUGGAAACGUAACCGAUCUCACAAUAGAAUAUCUCAAGGUUACGAUCCCAGUAGCCUGCACGAUGGCCCCAUUUGGAAGCUUUUUGGGUUCGCAUUUCCAUAGACAGGUGUUGGCAUGCUUUGUAUACAUAUUAGAAGCUCUAUCUGUAAUAGGUUUCCUCAUUACAUCACCUCCACUCUACCUAAUCUUUAUCGGAGCGGGCAUCAUUGCUAUAGCUUUUCUUUUCUUUUAUUUCCUCAGCAGAAUGGGAGAGAAAGUGUUGAAGUCAUUUGAGAGCGAGAAAGGUCUUGAUCGGAACUCGAUUCGGAAUCCUUAGAUGAACAUUUACGGUCUAUGUACGGGUUGUGAAUUCUUGUAUAUCUUUAUGUCACUUGAAUAAAGCUAUGCUGUC